GACCCAUUCCGAGUGGUUGAAGCCAAGUCCUAAACCCAGCUACGGGCUGUCUAAUGACCAAUCAACGGGAUGACCCCGUUUUCGGAGAACAGGACAUAAACCGGCUACCGGGAGUUAUUGUCAAUCCUCAAUUUACAUCAUCGUCCACCGGAUCGCGAGAGCAUAAACAAUUUGACAAGACGGCGAAGGCAUUGUGCCGCUGCAUAUUUGGCCCUUGCCAUGGCAGGUAGAGCUAGGUCUGCCUCUAAGGUGGGGAAGGCAUGUGACCGUUGCAGAAAGCAGAAACUGAAGUGUGAUGUAGAGCGCCCUUGUACACUUUGUGCAAGGAGUGGCAUUGAGUGUACGAGUAAUAGCACUCAUGGGAGUAAACCAUUAGGACUUGGGCGAGGCCGAAUCGCGCGAACGAAGUCUCACCCAAACCGAAGAAGCCUCAUUGCAAACUAUGAAAUUCCACUAUCUCGUGAGAUGAACAAUGAAACUCCAAGUCCUCGGCUGGUUACAACAUCAGCUACGUCGGAUGCUCCUUCCGAAGCUACCUCUGACACGGAUGGCCCGAUGACCGAAGAAGCACUACCGCAUGAAAGAGGAUCUGCUGAUUGCAAUGUUGAAAGCCGUCCACAGGAUUACCAACAUCGACGUGGAGGCUUGCAGCCUACUACCUCCCCUAGAUCGCAGGACGACACCCCAAGACUAUCAUCUCGUCAUUCAGAAGCUCCUACAACACGAAAUGGCUUCACCGGGGAUAGUUCUACAAUUGGACUUACAAGAGAAGUUUUCGAUUUCAACGACUCUCAGCAUCACUCCUUAACCUCAGCCCUGCCAGGUGGGGCAAGCCAACCUUCUCCUGACAAUGUCGGAUUCCAGGAGUCGAUUACUGAGACCGCCGAAUUGCCUCCAGCCGUGGUGGUAGAGGCUUUGCUUGACACAUACUUUGAUGCCGUUCAUUGGUUUAUGUUUAUUCUUCACGAGAGCUCCUUUCGGGAGCAAGCUAGACGCUUCAUGGAGAAGGCCUCUUCCGACCGCACAGCCGAAGAUGCAGAAUUCACAACCUUGCUUAUGAUGGUACUAGCAUAUGGUGCGCAGUAUGCUGCCAAGAACCCCAAUUGGAAGUUUAGAGCACUUAUUGAGAAGCACUCUAUUAACCUUCACACCCUAACUCAAAGCAUGAUUCAGCACGUGCGAUCUCGUUUAUUCGACAGUCUCGAGCGAUGCCAGGUUGAGGUUGUACAAAUCUGCGUUCUUCUAGGCACAUUCUAUAUAUAUCACGGAAAGCCAAACUUGUCAUGGCCAAUUCUUGGCUUAGCUGUUAAAUGUUCUUAUGCCCUGGCUAUGCAUCGCGAAGUUGACUGGCGCGGGAGCAAUAUUGCAUUACAGACCCGGAAAAGGGCUUGGGCACAUACUUUUAUAUCUGACACCUUUGCAGCUGCAAUAUAUGGUCGACCAUCCACCAUCGACAGGGCAUUUUGCGACAUUUCAUUCCCAGACGAGUGUGACGAUUCACAAAUACCGAUGCCGCUUCGAAGGUGCGUUGAGCGGUUGAACGAUGGUAAACCAAUAUCGAGGCACACUUUUCAUACUGAAAAAUACCGUCUGUAUGACAUGAAGGCUCAAAUUGUCAACAAGAUUUACACUUUGCGUGGUCGAAGGGGGGUUUCGACCGCAAAGGGCAUCGUGAAACUGGUGAACACCAUUCGCGGACUCGACAAGCUAUUACGAAACUGGUACGAUAGUCUACCAACUUUUCUCAAAUACGCCGAAUGGAAAGACAUGCAAGGAGAUCCCUUUGAUGGGCUACAAGGGUCUGAAGCAGCGAUUCCUGCAUCUCAAGAGACCCUCAAGCGCCAUAUGAUCUUGCAAGUAAUCACCUUGCAAGUCUCUUACGACAACAUUUUGAUCUUAUUACACCGUCCACUACUUGAAUACAAAAUGUCUUCUCACAAGGAAGGAAGUUCACCAGAGGUAGCCAGUGACGACCCAUUUGCCUACUCGUUUAACACUUGUAUGGACGCAGCGAUGCGAAUUUCUCGCACGCCUGCCCAUAAGUUUGAGUACGACAUGCCCUUUGCACUUAUGUGUAUGCAUAUGUUCACUGCCGGGGUCAUUUUAUGCAUCCCGGCGACUAUGAGCCCUUUUAGCUAUCUUGCACACAACGCCAAAGCUGGAGUUGUAAGGAUCAUCCAAAUGCAAAAAAGUCUAUCGAGCCAUACACCAAUAGCCGUACAGAGCCACACCAUCUUGGAAGAGCUCAUGAAAGUUGCGAUCAAGCGAGAGCUUGACAUGAUGUUACAACCUACCGAGCAUCAACAAUCGCGAAAUAACUAUGAAGAGAGCAUGGGGUUCAACUCGAGGCAUAUGUUCGCGACGGGUGAAUCGACUCCAAUCUUAUCACCUUCCGGCGGCAGGCUCUUAGGGGAUGUCACUUCACGCAAUGGCCAACUAUAUACAAAUCAGACUUUACCAUAUGGACAGCGGCCGUCAGGAGAGUCCCGACUGACCCCAGGCGCAAUGGGCGAGAACAAUAGUUCUUUGGAGCUUGAAGCGGGUCCACCUGAAACGGCGACCUAUUCUGUGCCAGGAUCUACAAAUACUAAUGAUCUUCCUCUUUUACAUCCUACAUAUGAGGGAUCUACGUCUGCUAUUUCAUGUGAUGGUGUUGAUUACAGUCAAAACUACAGCGACCUAGGUGCUGAGCUAGAUGAUGGAUUUAACAACGCGUUCGGUGCCUUAGAGAAAGUUAUGUAUGAUUUUGCGCCUUUAGAGCGGCUCGACCCUGCCUGGAUGCAUUCUAUGGCGACCAGUGAUCUACAACAUCCCACCGAACAUCGGCCGCAGGACGGCCUUUCGGGACCAGCAGACGCAAGCUCAGCUGGGUUACCUGCAGCUGCCGAACUGCGUGAGGCCUCUGAAGAAUCUCGAGCUUCACAGUUGGCUUUCCAUGGAGGAGCGGCCUCUGCAAGGAACAUUGGAGCUACUAGCCUCCAUAAUUUCACGGAACCUGGACCCCCAUGGCUUUGGGGUCUGAAUAGAAUUACAUGAGGGGUUUGAAAUUCUAUUUGUAUUAAAUAACCUCUUGAGAUGGAAAAUAAUUACUCUCUAUUAUGACGCUUCAUCGGCAAGAUCCUUACAAUCUUGUCAUCUCUCGCCUCGCUGAGAUCUUCAAACACCGAACUCCGACCAUACCUUUAGUAUCAUUAACCCACCCACCUCUC